UGCGCUCAGUAGGAUUUGCAUCUUUAUAUCAACUCGGAUCUGUUCAUCUCUCAUCAAACUUGGUCGCUUGAUUGCACAAGCGACUCUAAAAAGUGUAUGCAAAAUUGGUCCUAAACAGGAGUCAGUUGACUGGGCAAUUGAAAUUUCGACAGCAUUAGUUGAAAUGGAUUCACUUGUAAAGGAUAUCAGAAAUAUUUGGACUUAUCACAAAAAAAUCCGAAUCGACAAUGUGAUAUUCACGCUCCACAAACUCACUUCAGGAAUAUUGUUGUUCAUGUCCAUUGUCAUUUCUGCUGCAUUUCUACUUAAAGAUCCCAUCGACUGCAUUCACGACAAAACUGUCGAAAGAGUUAUCAAUGCUUACUGUUGGAUUCAUGCAACCUACACUUUGCCAGAACAAUUGAACAGCAAUCGAUCUAUAGUAUCAGUGGCCCAUCCGGGAGUUGCUCCAUACACGUCGGAGUCCUCGGAGGUCGUCAGAGUGCAUAAAUUUUACCAAUGGGUAUGGCUGGUCCUGCUAUUCCAAGCUCUUGCAUUUUAUGCCCCUCGUUCCCUGUGGACAAAUUGGGAGGAAGGCAGAAUAAAAUCAAUGACUGAAAAUCUCGUUGACCUGACUGAAAAUGAGGAUGAACGGGAAAAAAGGAAAGUUUCCGUCCAGAAAUACUUCUGUCAAACUAUGGGCAGCAAUGACACGUGGUCCACUAAAUAUGCAAUAUGUGAAGCCCUAAACUUCAUCAAUGUCAUUGUUCAGAUUGACUUAACCGAUCGCUUUUUGGGGAGAGCCUUAAGCAAAUACGGUUUCAGUUUAAUACAGUUCAAGAGACACGACCCGAUGUAUCGAACGGAUCCGUUAUCCAUAGUUUUCCCAACCGUUAGCAAAUGCACUUUAAAUGUCAUUGGGCCAAGUGGAAAUAUUGUCCCGUACGAUGCAUUAUGUGUCUUACCUCUUAAUCUUUACAAUUCAAUGUUUUACCCUCUACUUUGGUUUUGGUUCAUAACCUUGGCUGUUCUUUCUGGACUGGCGCUUGUCUAUCGCCUUACAACGUUCUUAUUCCCAGAGUUGAGAUAUAAGUUACUUCGACGCAAGUUUCAAAUUGCAGAUGACGACCUGGAUCAUAUUUGGGAGCUAAAUAGAAGAUUAGAUUAUGGAGAUUGGUAUUUGCUCUACCAAAUCGGCAAAAACAUGGGGCCUUCGACCUUCUUAGACUUUUUGAGUGGACUUGCAGACAUGGUUGUGGGAAAAUCUUUUUCAUUUGAUAGGAGUGGCAGUGUUUUGGAUGACGUCGUGUCGAACAAGGAGAAAAUUAAAUCUUUGUAAAUGAUUCAUCCAGUUCAAUUUAAUUACGAUUUUAAAUAAAUUUUCAGUUAUAUAUUUGA